CCGUGUCAUUAUUAUAGAUUUACUGUCGAUUUGCCCCUCUCUCUUUAGUAGCUAUCUACCUAGGCAUGUAGGUAGGUACACGUAUGUACCUACCCGAUAAGCGAGCGCUCGGGUAACUACACCCAGAAUCGAGAUCUCUCUCGUAGACCACCCGUCUCAGAAAGGUGCCGUUCUCACCUCUCAUCGAGAAGAUGGGCCAGGCGCCCCUUGCUAUCAAGGGGACACUCUGUGAACUCUGUUGCCAAUUUGUCUGCGACCUCUUCGCCUUCGAUUUCGAACCCCAAACCGUCUACCCGGCGCGCUGGCAACCGAUCAGUCCAGAUUCCUGGACAGAGUACGCCUGGGGCGAUGGCUUCCGGCACCACGAAACCCUCGACAGCCUCUCGGAAAGCUCUAAUACGUGCGAGUUCUGCCAUGUCCUCUACGCCGACCUCGGGUCUCUGGACUCGGACCUGUGCCAGGGCUGGUUAGGCCUGUACCCUUUCUGGGUCAUGGGUAGGAUAGGAGAGAACAAGCACAAGGGACGCUUUCGUGCCGGUUUUCGUGGGGGGCUGUCUAGGAUGCCCGAGGGAGGUGGUCGCAUCGGGAGCAUCCCACUACAUAGCUUUAAAGUCUGCCGGCGUGGACCUCCAAGCGAAGGCGAGGAGAUCCCUUUCUUUGAUGCUUACAAAGCGUCGCCUGCGAUACCGUCAACGCUUUCCCCGCCGGAGAUCGCCCGAAAGGUGACGAGGUGGCAGCAGGAAUGCCUAACCGCUCACCCAGCGUGCGCCCAGAAUGCAUAUAGACAUGAGCUUCCCACAAGGGUGAUCGACUUGGGUGAGGAUAAGGCUGUCCCGAUCCGUCUAUAUGAAUCGCGUGGCGAGGAGGCGCCGUACGUUGCUCUUAGCCACUGUUGGGGCGGCGUGAUCCCCUCCGUUACGACCCUAGCAAACAAGAUGGCGAGGUUCGCUGCGAUGAACGAAGACGAUCUUCCGCGCAACUUCCGAGACGCCAUCGAGGUCGCUCGUGCCCUCGGGAUACGAUACCUGUGGAUAGAUGCCCUGUGCAUUAUCCAGGACUCGAAAGCAGAUUGGCUCAGGGAAGCUGGUAAGAUGGGAACCGUCUACGCUGGCGCGUCGGUAGUGAUAUCUGCGCUUGAUUCUACCGUUAGUACCGCCGGGUUCUUGAAGCCCAACCGAGUACCUCUGGCUAUCCUCAACGAUCAUUACGCCGUCCAGAAGGUGUUCCCGGACCUUUAUGAUUACCUCCUACAGUGUCCCCUUGUCCAGCGUGGCUGGUGCAUGCAGGAGAGACUGCUGGCACCGCACAUACUUCAUUUCGGGGGAGAACAGAUGUUUUGGGAAUGCUAUAGUGAUUUUAAGUGCGAAGACGGUAUGAAUUUCUCUGGUGAAUCAAGCGGGCACGUCAUGGCAAAAUUUAUGGCCAUCAGGAAGCACAUAGGUACUUCCGCUGCCCAGGCGAAUGAGCUGCAGUGGCAGGCCUGGUAUCAGUUGCUGGAAGAGUACACGACGAGGAAUUUCACAGUCUUUUCAGAUAAGCUACCCGCCCUGGCUGGAGCGGCCUCCCUUUUCAAGUCCACGAAGCCAGCUGCGACAUACGUUGCCGGCUUGUGGAAGGAAGACAUCGCGCGGGGGCUCCUUUGGGGGGCUCAUUACGAUCAUAUGCCCGGUCGGAAAGUCUGGGGCAUCAGUCCAACCGACACGAUCGUCGAACUCUCCAGGCCACCCGCGAAACGUGCGCCGAGUUGGAGUUGGGCGGCUCUCGACGGCCAGAUCGACUUUUGGGCGCUUCGAAUCAACGGGUUUAUUGCCGAGGUGCUAGAAGUCGAAAUGGGUAUAGGUGAUAACGUGCUCACAGAAGCCUUCCCGGAAGGGACCUUGAGGCUAAGGGGGGCCGUUGCACAAAUGACUUACCUCAAACCUUCUGUAGGACCUCGCUCCGAUGUUGGAAUGUUGACGUUCGGACAAGACGACACUUGCGACGACGAGACGGCCAUACUAGGGGGGUGCGUGAUGGAUCUAGAUCGCCAGUCGUCACGGAUAUGCUGGGUCAUGAUCAUGGCUAGAUCAAAUGAUAGUUGGUAUUUGCUCGUCCUCGAUAAGCGCGACGACGGAUCGUACCGGAGGGUCGGGAUGGCUACAUCCUAUAGUGUUAGAGUCGACCCCGCGAGAUUUGAGAUGGAAGAUAUCCGGAUCGUGUGAACUUCUACAGACUCUCCAAUGACAAAAGACAUAACAACAGGGGAUGAAAUGACACAUCGAGACUUCGCAAGUACACUAACACCAGCAUUGCUCCGUGAGACGCAAGGUGGGAGCAACUUGAUAAAACCAGAAUGGAUGCCAUGGUACCGUGACGCUAUGGACUGAGGUCGGCUCAUGUGAUUCUCGAUGCCGUGAGCUUCGAUAAGGUCUGGCCGUACGAGCUCAGCCACCAGAGCACACUGGGGAUUUUGACGAGAAUUUGCCCUCCCAUAUCAGGACC